UCGCCCACGCCGUGGACUUGCUCGCCAUGAACCGGAGGAAGAAACAAGCAGUGGGCACUGGCCUAGGGGGCAACUGCACAGGCUGUGUAAUCUGCUCAGAGGAGAACGGCUGCUCCACCUGCCAGCAGAGGCUCUUCCUGUUCAUCCGCCGGGAAGGUAUCCGCCAGUACGGCAAGUGCAUGCACGACUGUCCUCCCGGCUACUUCGGCAUCCGUGGCCAGGAGGUCAACAGGUGCAAAAAAUGUGGGACCACCUGCGAGAGCUGCUUUAGCCAGGACUUCUGCAUCCGGUGCAAGAGGCGGUUUUACCUGUACAAGGGGAAGUGUCUGCCCACCUGCCCGCCGGGCACUGAAGCCCACCAGAACACACAGGAGUGUCAGGAGGAGUGUGAGCUGGGCCCCUGGGGCAGCUGGAGCCCCUGCACACACAACGGGAAGACCUGUGGCUCAGCCUGGGGCCUGGAGACCCGGGUACGAGAGGCUGGCCGGACUGGGCGGGAGGAGGCAGCAGCCUGCCAGGUGCUUUCCGAGUCAAGGAAGUGUCCCAUCCAGAGGCCUUGCCCAGGAGAGAGAAACCCCAGCCAGAAGAAGGGCCGGAAAGACCGGCGCCCGCGAAAGGACAGGAAGCUGGACCGCCGGCUGGACGUGAGGCCGCAGCAGCCUGGCCUGCAGCCGUGACCGCAACCUGACCGUGACCGUGACCGCG